GGGGGGAGGAACCACAAGGAGAAUAUGCGGUCACAGUAAAAUUUGCUUCCAUAAAAGUACCAAACCUAGAUCCUAGAGCCAUGUGCGAGUUCCGCUGUUCUACUUAGCAUCGCUGUAGUACUCGUACCACACAGUUAGCAACGCCGUACCCGGCUCCCUUCGGUGUAGUGUGUGACUUCAUUCGCCAAAAUGUUUCCCGAAACGCUGGUUUUCGCACUGGCGAUGCUCAUCACCGGCGCGAUUCUGUUUCUGCUGAUCUACUUUCUCAUUAUUCUCUCAGAUCUAGAAUGUGACUAUUUGAACGCCCAACAGUGCUGCUCGAAGCUCAACUUUUGGUCCAUACCGAAGCUGGCGGGCCACGGAUUUCUGGCCUUUCUACUGCUGAUGCACGGCAACUGGUUCCUCUGCCUGGCCAACCUACCGAUGAUCGGCUGGCUGGUGUACGAGCAGUACAAGGUACCGGCCGGUAACAUUGGAAUCUACGAUCCGGCCGAAAUCCACAACCGUGGCAUGGUAAAGAAACAUCUCCGGGACACGAUGAUAGGACUCGGGUUUUAUUUGAUCAUCUUCUUCGUGUACCUCUACUGCAUGAUAAUUGCCCUACUUAAGGGCGAUCCGAUUAGGCGUCACGAGGAGGAGGAAAUAGUAACCGAAUUUUGAGCGCCCCGUUUACUCUGAUCUGAUUCUGAUUUGAUAUCCUCAAAUGCGCUCCUGCUCAAUGCGUGUGUUAUAUUUCCUUUGUCCUAGCAUUUAAAGAAAGAAGCGUGUAGUAAUGUUAGCCAAAGAUUUUGUUUCCAAAUAUUCACAUAAGAAACCGACACUUGAAAUAAACGACGAUAGAGGCUCUC